GGUCCAAAAAUCUGACAUGGAGUUGUAGUUCCCCUUUCCUUUUUGGGGCCAGGCUUAUGGCAACUCUAGAAAGACUGACAUGAAGCUUCUGGAGGUGACAACCACCAAGAACAGCAUGGUUGUCGUGUCUAAAGUCCUUCUCACAGGUGUGAAUGCUGCACCCUUCCUCUCGGGUUUACAAUUCUCUCCUUGGUCUUGGUCACUGCCGUUGGUGUACCACUUCCCUCAAGGGUGCAGCCCACUUCUCCCCUCCACCUCCUCCUCCUUUCCACCGUGAUGACAUCGCCCCGGGGAAGAGAAGCUGUGCAGAGCUCCUCACUCUCAGCUACUUCAGUUUCCGUAUCGGCACCAUGACAUCAUCUCUACCCUGGAAAUUCCACUUGCCCUCCUAUGCUCCCACCUCUGUCCCAGUCCUCAGAGUUCCUAUAAAGAGGGGAUCCCAGCUCAGCAUCAGCACAGAACACAGUCGAGUUCUGAAGCUUCUGGGUUCUUCAGUCUCAGCUCCAGGAAAGCCUCUUCUCUGCCAAGACCAUGAAGCUCUGUGUGACUGUCCUCUCUCUCCUCGUGCUAGCGGCGGCCUUCUGCUCUCCAGUGCUCUCAGCACCAAUGGGUUCCGACCCUCCCACUGCCUGCUGCUUCUCCUACAUCCUCCGGAAACUUCCUCGGGACUUUGUGAUGGAUUACUAUGAGACCAGCAGCCUUUGCUCCCAGCCCGCUGUGGUAUUUCAAACCAAAAGGGGCAGACAGAUCUGCACCAACCCCAGUGAGCCCUGGGUCCAGGAGUACAUGAAUGACCUGGAACUGAACUGAGCUGCUCCAGGCACAGAGGCAGGUCUCCAGGGAAGGUCACCUGGGCCUGACGCUUCUCUGAGACCCGCCUUCUCCACCUUCACUACUUCUCUCAGUAGUCCCUGUUCCGUCUCUCAAUUUAAUCUUUAUUAUGUGCUGUUAUUAUAUUUUGUGUUAUUUUCAUAAUUUAUGUUGGUUUUGCCAAAGGGCACAUGUCCCCCAUGGGGAUGGUCCACCAUCAGUUUCUCUGCUAUUGCGGAUACAUGGGUA